AUGGCAUUCGCACACGAUUCAGGUUUCCUCAAGGCCGACCUUGUGAUGUCGACCAUCCUCGCCCUUCUGGGUUUUAUUAUCUUUGGUACCAUGUCCCGGAACAGCUACUGGGAGUUGGGCAACGGCCAGAAGAUCUGUCUGCUUCUCGGUGACCCGGCGACACUGACCUUCCACAAUUCCGCCUGUGGAUUCACCAACACUAUCGGGUUUUUGAUCGCUGCAGGAGGAAUUGCACUGUUUGCAAUGGACUUUGUGACCUGGAAACGAUCGGAGCGGUUCAAGGGCAAGCGUGCCUCUGUCGCUGCAUUGUUGAUUGCACCUACGCUGUGCUUCUUCUCGUUCGCGACGGCGAUCGUCAUAGGAACCGGUAUCAAGACGUUCUGCAACAACUUCGUAGUUAACGGCACCGUCGACUAUGACCGAUGCAAGAACGUCGUGACGAGCUUCCAGGCGAUUCAGACUGGAGUGGGAGCGUCGGCGGUCGCAGGAUUCUUGUUUGCGUUCUACGGAUAUAGCGAGUAUAUCCAGUACCGUGAACGCCACGUCAACGGAGACAAGGUAAACCAUUGA